AGUGUGUGCGUGCGUGUGUGUGUGUGUGUGUGUGUGUGUGUGUGUAUGUUUUGAGCAGGGUCAGAGAGAUGGACUUUGAGGUCUCACUCUAAAUCUCCCAGCCCAUCUCAAAGAUCACUAAGCCCUCCAGGUUCGCCAUCCAGCCCUAUGAGACAACUGGUGCUCUCACCCUUUCAGUGGUCUUCCAGUUUGCUUGUUGUCCAGAAAAGCUGAAAGACUCGUGCAGCCCAGCCAGGAGAUUCUUCAAAUUGUCGUGGAAAUUAAACAACACUCACAGACUCGUCCUCUGAAGAUGGCUUCACAUGGUUCCUGGUUCUUUGAAGAGGCAUCUUACAUGAAUUAAAAUAAGCUAUAUAUCUCGUUGUUGACGGUAAAAGAGAAGUAACAUAGUGAGGCUGAGGUUAUGAAGUGCUGACAAUUCCAUUAUUUUACAGCGUGACCAUUUGAGAGAUUAAGAGUGGCCUUGUGCUGUAACAGAGACUUGAAGAGCUAUGGACAUGUUGUUCCUCCUCAUCCUGUGUUUUUUUGGGACAGCCAUAUUGACUUCUGGCCAGGUUGGGACUUUGUACAGCACACCACGCAAAACAGUUAUUCUGAACAGUAACAGAGGACAUGUUUUUCGAGAGGAGGGAGUGUGGAACUACUCCACCAUGCUCCUGAGGGAAGACAUUGGUGUGCUCAUCCUGGGAGCUCGAGAGACCAUCUUUGCCUUGGACCUCACUAACAUCACGCACAAGAAGGCUAUGGUAAAGUGGGACGUGACUCCAGACAACAAGAAGAUAUGUUCAUACAAAGGGAAAAAUUUGGAGACUGAGUGUCAGAACUAUAUCCGCAUCCUUCAUAAAAUGCCAGACGGCAGGAUGUAUGUGUGUGGUACCUAUGCUUUCAGUCCAACUUGUGAUUAUAUGUCUUAUACAGAGGGUAACCUGACUCUGGAAAGUAAACAGCAUGAGGGGAAGGGAAAGUGUCCAUUUGAUCCUUUCCAGAGAUACGCCUCUGAAUUUGUUGAUGGAGAGCUGUACUCUGCUACAUCUAUGAAUUUCCUGGGCUCUGAACCAGUUAUUAUGCGAAGCUCUAAUAACACUAUACGAACUGAUUACUACUCUUCCUGGCUCAGUGAACCCAGAUUCAUUGGCAUGAAGUACGUGGCUGAAGGAAAGGAAAACCCAGAGGGGGAUGAUGACAAGAUUUACCUCUUCUUUAGUGAAACAGCUAUGGAGUACGACUCCUACAAUAAGCUGGACGUGUCGAGAGUGGCCCGCGUCUGUAAGGGGGAUAUGGGAGGACAGCGGACACUGCAAAGGAAGUGGACAUCGUUCCUAAAGGCUCACCUGGACUGUCCUGUCCUUCAAACCAGACUUCCUUACAUCAUACAGGAUGUGUUCCUCUUCUGCCCAGGCAGCUGGACAACCUGUGUGUUCUACGGAGUCUUCACUCCUCAGAUGGACGCGUUGCACUACUCUGCAGUGUGCACCUACAGUAUACACAGCAUCAGGGAAGUGUUCUCUGAAGGCAGGUUCAAAACGCUGUACAAUGACAAAUCUGUUUUUAAAUGGGUGACAUACAACGGAGAUGUGCCUGACCCUCGUCCCGGAGCUUGUAUUAACAAUGAUGCAAGGCAGAAAAUGAUUUCCACGUCCUUGGACCUGCCUGAUAAAACCCUUCUGUUUGUGAGAGAAAAGCCACUGAUGAAUGAAGCAGUGAAACCAUCUUCUCAGCAAGCCCUACUAGUGAAGAAAGGAGCUGCAUUUACACAUAUCGUGGUGGCCAGCACUACUGCCCUGGAUGGGAGCAGCCAUCAGGUUAUGUUUAUAGGCACAGCAAGCGGUUCAGUACUGAAAGCAGUCAACUAUGACGGAAAGAUGGUGAUAAUAGAAGAGGUGCAGCUGUUUAAGCAUUCAGAGGCAGUGAAGAUACUACGCCUCUCCAACACCAUGGGUCAGCUGUAUGCAGGCUCAGACGAGGCAGCGGUGCAGAUGUCGCUUAGCGCAUGCGACCAUUACAUCUCCUGUAUAGACUGUGUGCUGGCCAGAGAUCCCUACUGCGGCUGGAACCUCAACACUAGCAGCUGCAUUGCUAUAAACAGCAUUGACCCAGAUACACACAGUGAAGUGGUUCAGAGUCUGAGAGAUGAACCACAUUGUCCUGCAGUCGAGAGCACCAAGACCAUUAAAACCUUCUACCCGGGUAACGUGGUUAGGCUGCCGUGCCAGCCGGGAUCAAACCUCGCCCAAGUGCAGUGGCGUGUAAAUGAUCACCCAGUUGAAAACUCCAACAUGUACCAUAUUCAACACAACAGCCUGUUCAUCCUCAAUGCCUCGGACAGCGACGCCGGCCACUACACCUGCACCUCUGUAGAGUCCUCCUAUGGCAAAGACUACGUCAUUCAAACUGUUACGUAUGAGCUGAGACUGGGGAACUACAUGGGGCAUCCUUCAGUCCUGCCACUGGUGCAGGAACAGCUGAACACCCUCUUGAUCCUCAGGGCUAUGGUCAUCAUCCUAUCACUGUUAUUAGUGGCGCUUUUGAUAUGGAACUUCUACCAAGGGCAUUGUCCUGUCCUGAGAUGCUUCAAUAAAGCUGCGGAAAGACCACAGCCUAUGUCUGGCUAUCAGGAGCCACUGCAAAUAGUAGACAGAAAUAAAGCAGCAUCAGUAGGAUGCAGCAGUACAAACAGUAAUAACAAUCAUGACAGAAGAACUGAACUCCCCAGUACUGGAAGCCAGCAUAAUGGAGACAACAUUGUCUAGUGAGGACCCUGUGCACAUCUUUGAGAACAUUUACGCCUCUCUUAUUACUCAUUGUGUGCAAUGUCAGCCAACCCCCCCGCCCCAUGAAGCUGUGAAUGUAUGAUUUGUCAUUUCUUCUGUGUACAGAACCAUGAUUCUCAGUGUAUUUGACAUAAAAAAAAUCAGAGGGAAAGAUUUUAUAUUAUAAUCCAUCUUACAGAGGCAUCAAGAACAAGUUAAGAAAAGAUUUUUAU